GUUGCUACUGCCUGGGUAAAUCUGUAGUCAGCCAAAUGCAGUUGUAGCAGGCCACUGCUUCCUGUUCCUGCAUUGAACAGGGAGAUAAAUACAGUACGGCAGAUUAUUUCCACUGAUCCGGCGUAAGCAGCGUUAGAUGCACAGAGUUGUCUUGUGCCAUGACUCAGCAAGAGCAGGAUGAGUUUGGGGAAAGCCUAGAAGGAGCCCUGGCCUGGAUGCAGACUGUGCAGGAAAGACUCAAGGCCAAUGAUAACACCCAGGGUCCCAGGGCGGCACUGGAGGCCCGUCUCAGAGAGACAGAGAAAAUUCAUGAGUCAGAGCACGAGGGCCGGUUGAAGGUGGACAGGGUCCUGGUGGCUGCGGAGGUUCUGCUGCAAAACGAUGACGAUGAAAUGAAGAACCGAACCCACACCAAGCUGAAGGAGCUCAAGUCGCUGUGGGAGGAGACGUCAACGUACAUUAUUCACUGUCACAGUCGUAUCGAGUGGGUGUGGCUGCACUGGAGCGAGUACAUGAAGGCCUGCGAGGAUUUUGAGCUGUGGCUGGUGAAGAUGCGGCGGGCCCUGGAGCCCGAGCUGGAGCUCCAGCUGGGGCUCCGGGAGAAACUGUGGCAGCAGGACCACCACCGCGUGCUGCUGAGCGACGCACACGCCCAGGCCCCGCUCCUGGAGAGGCUGCUGGACGAGGCCGCCACCCUUCACAACCGCACCCAGGACCCCAGCGUGGACGUGGAUGCGCAGGAGGGUCUGCAGGAGGCCUACAACCAGAUCAAGGACCGAGCGCAGGAAAGAGUGUCAUUGCUGCAGAAAAUUGUCGAGGAACAUCAGCUUUUUCAAAGUUGUGUGCAGAAGUUCCAUGCGUGGCUGAUCUCAAAGACUGAGGAGCUCAACCAGUGCAAUGAGAUGGACGACACUCCAGAGAACAAGCUUAAAGCCCUACAGGACCUGUGGGAAGGCGCGAGCGCCGAGGAGAAGACCCUGCGGUACAUCGAGGGCCUGGCGGAGGCUGUGAAGGCCCACACCUCCCCGGGGGGCACGGAGCAGAUCGCCGGGGAGGUGGAGCGUCUCCGCGAGGCCUGGGAGAAGCUGCGGCGGGGCCUCGACCUGGCGAGGGAGGGGCUCCAGACCACGCUGCACUCCCAGAGCGAGUACUCCGCCCGGGCCGAGCAGCUCCGCGCCGACAUCGCCCGGCUGCGGGCGCUGGUCCUCAGGAUGAGCCGCGAGCUGGAGACCAAGGACGGGGAGAAGACCGAGGAGCAGCUCGUGGCCUUGUGGAGGAAGUACAUGAACAUCAGGAGCACGCUGGGAGCAGAGGAAUCGCACAUUGAGCAGCUGAAGGCCCAGCUCAAGGAGCUGUUCCGCUUCUCCCAGGAUGCUAAGCCCCUCUCCGAAGACGUGCUGGCUGUAGUCAAGGAGUACCAGAGCGCGAAAGGCCGGGCCUUCAAGCUCUCGACGGAGAUGGAGACGAGCCUGAGGCAGGUUCUGCAGGACCCGCUCCGUGGCUACAGCCAGUGGAGCCAGCUGGUGUCCCAGAUCCUGGAGGCCUCGGCAGAGGUGUCCGAGUUCUCCCACAUCGCCGUGCUGGUGCAGAACAUCGAGAAGCUGCUGAAGCACAGUCUGCAGCUGCAGGAGCGUCUCAGCCUGCUGCAGGUGAAAAGGGACCUGCUGGGGAAUGUGUUCAGCCAGGAGAAGGCGGAGAACCUGCUGACCGACCUGACCUCCGCCCUGAGGAACAGGGAGCUGCUGCACAGCCAGCUGCUGCAGAAGAAGCACCGCCUGCAGGGUUUGAUAUCAAGAACAAAGGACUUCGGAGAUGCUUAUGAAUCCAUCCGCAAAAAACUCUCUCUGAUCACUGAGAGAUUUAUUACUGCUGACACACUGCAACCUGACAUACUGGCCAAGAAAAGUCAGUCUGACCAGCUAAAGGUAAUCAAGAAGGACCUGGAGGAAUGUGAGGCUCACAUAACAGCCCUGGAGACUUUGGUUUCCUCAAACCCUGCAAACAAGAUGAAGUUUGACCAGCUCUAUGCUGACUGGAAAAGCCUGUAUAAAACUAUCAGGGUGAAGGUGAACGAGAGCGAGCAGAGCAUCGCGGAACACGAGAACUUCCACGAGAGCCUGCUGUCCCUGGAGAAGUGGCUGAUGAUCAUGAAGCAGAAGCUGGAGUCCUUCUGCAGUGGCAGCGGGGAGUGGAGUGUGGAGAACCGGCUCCACGAGGCGGAGAGGGCGCUGGGGGAGUUUCCUGAGAAGGAGAUUCAGCUGCAUCAGACUGAGAUUCAGGGUGAAGGGGUGCUUGCCAGGACGUCCGAGGAAGGGAGUGUGCACAUCCGGCGGGACCUGCAGCGUCUGAGGGACUCCUGGGCUUCCCUGCACGCCCUCAGUCUCAACCUCUUCAGAUUGCUGAACAGCCAUGGAGUUUCAGGGACCACAGAGAUCUCUAUGUUGGGGCCGGAUUUCUCUGACUUCUAUGGUAGUGGUGAUGUCAGAGGCAGUGCAGAGGGCCUCACCGGGUCAAAGAGAGGAGUGCUCCUGGUGGAAGAAGGGGACGUUGUCAGGCAGAGAGAGGGGGUUGCAGAAGGUCUCGCAGAGGGAGCAGACCUUGGACACAGGCACAGGGUGGAAGAAGGGUUUGGCCCCACAAAAAAGGGGUCGGGCACAUGGGUCCAACACAGUGAACUGACCCCAGGUCAGAAUCCAGCAAGAUUUGCCGAAGGAGAGUACACAAGAAGAGAAAUUGGCAGUGGCUUUGAAGGUUCAUGGGACUAUGGCAGCCAGUCGAAAGGUGCUUUUGGAGCAGUAGCUUUGAAAGGAGCGUACGGCCAAGCUAGGAAAACAAGCUAUGGGACAGGAAGUGAUGAGGACAGUGAGGAGCAGGUUAGAGAACGCAGGAGAGUACUGACCAGGAGGCUGAAGACCAGGGGAGAGACUGAGGCGGAAGGCCUACCUUCUCCACCUGCUGGAACAGUGGCCACAGAUGGGCCCGUUCGACACAGACUGGCGGGUGCAGAAGAGGCUCAAGGUCAGGGGGACUUUGAAGCGCGGCUGAGAGGGUUUGAGGCAUGGCUGCAGGGAGAGAACAGCCGACUUUCCAGGAUUUUGAUCCAGACGGGCACUCUGAACGCGAAAGAGCUGAAGAGCCGACAGCACACGCUCAAGGACCUGCGGUCCCGUGUUGGCUGGGGUCAGGGCCAGUUCCAGCAACUGCUGGAGUCCCAGAAGAGUUCAGCGGGGCAAGGAGGCCUGGAUGACCUGGGCCUGAAUGACCUACAGUACCGCUGGGUUCUUUACAAAUCCAAGCUGAAGGAAGUGGGAGACCUGAGGGGCAUUCUGAGACACAAGAGUGGUGAUACUCAAGAAGAGGUACUUAUAAGGACUAAAAAGCAGAAGCACUCUGGCUUCCUGUACCGUGUGUGCCGUGUGGCCCUGCCCCUCCAGCUCCUGCUCCUGGCUCUGCUGCUGCUGGCCUUCUUCCUGCCCAUGAUGGACGAGGGCACCAGCUGCUCCCUCACCAACAACUUCGCCCGCUCCUUUAACGUCAUGCUGCGCUACCACGGCCCACCGCCCACGUAAGAGCAUGCCAGCACCGCCAACGCGCUCGUCUCCAGGACACCUUGGGCUAACACUGCUGCUGCUGCUGCUGCAUCACAUGGUGCACACGUGUUUUUGCCAUUCAGUUGCUAGGCUUCCUUAAUCAUUGAUCUGACAAAGACUAAUGAGCCUGGAUACGAGAACGUAGUGCAUGUGGUCUGGAAGUCAGACGCCCAUUCUGUGGUUUUCUUGUUGAUCUUUCACUGUUUCACUGUCACUCUUUUUAACUCACUGUCAUGAAGGGUAUCUGCGUUGGUAGAUUCAGCUUUUGCACACACAACGCUUUUUAGAGUAAGUCUGUUCAGCUUUUUUUCACAAGAAAGUGAAAGAGUGCUCAAGGAAGAACUUUUAGACACAUAGCCAUGAAAUAUCUAUACCAAAUAACUGCUUUACAUAGUUUCUGGAUAAGUAUUUACUAAUUGUAGUUUCGGUGUUUCUAGCAACAGUUGUUUUCUUCAAAUCCGAAUUCUAAUGCAAUAUCCACAUUUGAUAGUUGUAUGAAUGAAGACACACACACAUCCAAAUGUGUGUACGCUUGUCCAUUAUUGAAGGCAUACAGUGUUCAGAUGUAUAAAAUACUGGCCCUUUAAAUGAUCUAUUUGUACAUUGAAUCAUGCUUUAUUAUUCUCCAUUAAAGAUGGUAAAUGGGUAACAUUAGGAAACGAUUGUGACUCAGAACUCUCGGAAUAUGAAAUAUAGAAAUAAAGAAAUUAGCUACAAUCCAAAUAAUAUGAUCAUAUGCUUACUAGUUGUAAGGUUCUGUUUAAAGUGUCAAUCCUUAUUUUUUCAGUUUUGGUGGAUUUGGCGACAUCUGUGGUGACUGGUGGUCACAACAGUGUGUUUUCAUACUCUAAAUCCAAAGUUCCAUUCGAAACAAAGCUACUGUACAUACCCAAACAAAGCGUCAUGGUUUGCUUGUGGGUACAGCACUAGGAGCACAGUGUUUGUUUAGUUUUCUUGGAAGAUAAUCCAGUGGUAGUGAUAAUUCAGCGGAGAAAGAAGACUGUCUAGAGAUGGUCAGUAAUGAGUAACAUAUCAAACUGAAAUUUAAACAUAAAUGUCAACAGAUGUGAUUACAUUUGAUUAAUUAUCCUGUUCGAGACAUCACCCGAAACAAAUACUGCAAGGGAGGUGAAAUAAGGUAAUGUCAGUCUGCGUUGGUAUGAAGUAAGUUGAUACGCUCAUGUUCACUAUUUUUUAUCCAUGACUCUGUAAAAUCAAGAAAAGAGGGAGAUUAGCUAAUAUAUAGAUUAGCGCAAAAUAAACCCAUCAAACAUAAAAUACUGAAUAAAAUGCAUUCAGUGGAUAUUGCUAAAAAAUAACUGUGUGGUAUCAAAUAUGGCUUUGUUUAAUGAAAAACUAGGGAAUGACUCAUAAGUCUGACUCAUAAACUGGAUGCUAUUCUUAUCAAUUGUGAAUGCUAAGUACAUUAUGCUGAACAUAUUACAACACAAUGCUUUAUCAGUGACAUUCAGCACUGUGACACGAUAAAGGAUGCUAUGACUGUAGCCUAGUUGUUACUGUGCUUGCACACAUUGGUCAGUUACAAUACAUUUUCAAUAUUUGUCUGUGUUUAGUACAUACUGUUGUUUACACACAGUAUGUGCUCUGACCUGCUAAAAUCCCACACCUAUGUGGAGAUGAAUUUGUAUUAUAUUAAUAUAGGUGCUUUUUACUUUGACAUUCAGAAGUUGUUUAACUGUUAUGCUGUGUACUCAUCAUUGUCUGAAUGCAGUAAUUAUGAAACACUCCUCCUUGGCUUUUGACAUAUUCGUGGACCGAGGUGGGGGUGGGGAACUUGUUUUAGAAUUUCUUUUUUUGACUGUACUCUUAAACUUCCCUGUGGCCUGUAGAGCUCUCCUUUCAUUCUCCGCUUGUUUAAACAAUGGUGUACCGUAUGUUUCUGUCCUCGUUGUAACUAUGGCAACACAGAAACAAUCCAGUUAUCCACGCAGAAUUGCGGGGAUCUGUGUCAUUAGAAAUGCUUUUGCUGCCUGAAAGUAGAGUUGUGUGUAUUAAUAUUUUAUUGAGUUUAUUUGAAGUUUUGAGUCAUUUUGUUUCAAAAUGAAAUCAAGCAGUGGCCUCAGCUUUGCGUCAUGCUAUCUAACUGAUGUUUAUCGCUGUAUUUGUCAUCACGACACAACAUAAUUAAGCACAAGAAAAUACUUAUAAAGAGAAACAGAUAUGCCUUGCAUGUUCUUUUCACCAGUAUUAUGCAGAUGUACAUAAUAUAAUUUAUCUAUAAUGUGCUGCAGUUAAUGAAUAUUCAAAUAUAUAAAAUGUAUUUAACCACAACAAUUCUUUCCAUACCUGUCUAAUUAUAAUAGUUGGUUAGCCACUUAUUUAUGAGUAUAUAAUUAUAUUUAAAUCCAAUAUUUAUGUCUUACAAUGAUAUCGCACAAUUAUGAAGAAUGUAUGGCACUUAAUAUUAUUGCGCUGCAAUUAUAUAUAUAUAUAUCUUGGCUUCAUUCGGAAAAUUAAUCCAAGUUCCAUAUAUGCAUGUUAAUGCUACGUACACACAUAUACUCUAGUUUAACAUACCUACACAUGUUUGUGCUGGCUUUUUUAUUUCUGUACAGACAUGUACAUACAGUCUGGAUGUUUGAGAUUUUGUACAAGAGGGGAUACUUUUUGAAUGAUAUUUGAUGAAUUUAAAAUGUUGCUAUGCAGAAACAUUCUUGUUCUUAUGCAGAGUGUUAUACACAAAAAAAGACUAUCCCACUCACAGCCAGGUCUGAAGAUGCAAAGCUUUUGAUAGAUAGAUACUUUUAUUUGUCCCCGUGGGGAAAUUGGUUUGUAAAAUAAUACAAUUGCUAUAUUUUGUUACUGCAUUUUGUUGAUACAAGAAUGAAGUACUAUUGAGCAUUUAUUUUAAAAAUGUAUCGAGAAAACAUAUAUGUAACUAGUAUUUUUGUAUGUUAAUCCUACGUACAAUAAACAACAUUUGACCCUUG